AUGAGAACUCCUAUAUUCACUACUCUUUCUUUACUAUUUUCUCUCCUUUUGCUGAUUGCCUCGGCGGAGCAAUGUGGUUCACAGGCCGGAGGCGCAAUUUGUGCCUCAGGACUCUGUUGCAGCAAAUUUGGCUGGUGUGGUAACACUGAUACCUAUUGUGGUCCUGGCAAUUGCCAGAGCCAGUGUCCUUCUGGCCCCUCUCCGAAACUACCUACCACUGAUCCUGGUCCUCUUGGGGACCAGCUCGGCAGUAUCAUCUCAAAUUCCAUGUUUGAUCAGAUGCUUAAGCAUCGCAACGAUAAUAUCUGCAAAGGAAAGAAUAAUUUCUACAGUUACAAUGCCUUUAUCACUGCCGCCAGGUCUUAUCCUGGCUUUGGCACCACAGGUGAUAUCACUACCCGUAAAAGGGAAAUUGCUGCUUUCUUUGCCCAAACUUCCCAUGAAACUACUGGAGGAUGGCCUAUGGCACCAGAUGGACCAUACGCAUGGGGUUACUGCUUCCUUAGAGAACAAGGUAGCCGGGGCGAUUACUGUAUACAAAGUAGUGAAUGGCCUUGUGCUCCUGGCAAGAAAUAUUUCGGACGAGGCCCCAUCCAACUUACAAGCAACCUCAACUAUGGACCAUUUGGACGUGCCAUCAAUGAGGACCUGUUGAACAAUCCAUAUUUAGUGGCCACGGACCCAGUGAUCUCAUUCAAAUCAGCUAUCUGGUUCUGGAUGACCCCUCAAUACCCAAAGCCUUCUUGCCACAAUGUCAUCAUCGGAAGUUGGCAACCAUCUAGCGCUGACCAAGCAGCCAAUCGCAUCCCUGGAUUCGGUGUCAUCACGAACAUCAUCAAUGGUGGUGUGGAAUGUGGUCAUGGUAAUGAUGAUAAGGUCCAGGAUCGAAUUGGGUUUUACAUGAGGUAUUGUGGAAUGCUUGGAGUUAGCCCAAGUGACAAUCUUGAUUGCGGCAACCAGAUGCAUUUCUGACUCUUAGCCGAUUCUAUGUAACCAUACCUCAUCUGUUUUGUUGUCUGAUUAAUUAAGACCUCGUUUAAUAGUAAAUAAGGAUUUUUGUCUUGGAUACGUAUAUCGUAAUGAAGUCUCCUUCAUAUAUCGACCUCGGAUAUUUCCACAAGUAUUAUGUAUGAAAAGUGAUUUUGGCACUUUAAUCAAAUAAAAUUUUGCAAUAAAUUUAUCAA